AUUUGUAUGGGAACGAGGACUGAGGUGGGACGAGCCGACUGAAUGUAGUCGCUGUGUGUGGAAGAAAGAAAGGAGGCCCACAUUUCUCCCUCCGUCUGCGGCGAUCGGACAGCAGCGCCUCGGGUUUUUUCUUUCUUUCUUUCUUUCUUUCGUUCUUUCUUUCUUUCCAUCGGAUCCGUUCCUGAGCGCCGUGCGGGGAUCCGGAGAGGAGCGCAUCGGAGGAGAGGCUGGAUUCUCCUCUCAGCCAUCUUGACUGGCGCUCGCCCCCCUGGAGGCUGUUUUCUCUCCUCCUCGGCUCAGAGUAAACACGGCGGGCGCACCGCUUGCAACUCCGCGCGCGAGGAGCGACAUGGGCUCGAUACGCGGCGUGUGACCGGAGCGGAGGCCGUUUGCGAGCGGGGCUGAAGAAGAGCCGGAGACAUGGACCUGUUUGGGAUCUACCUGCUCCUCUCAGUCGCUCUCCUUCCCCGAUCCAGCUGCACCACGGCCAAGGAGAUCACCUGCCAGGAGAUCGCCGUGCCGCUGUGCAAAGGGAUCGGCUACAACUACACCUACAUGCCCAACCAGUUCAACCACGACACGCAGGACGAGGCAGGGCUGGAGGUGCACCAGUUCUGGCCUCUGGUGGAGAUCCAGUGCUCCCCGGACCUCAAGUUCUUCCUGUGCAGCAUGUACACCCCGAUCUGCCUGGAGGACUACAAGAAGCCGCUUCCCCCGUGCCGGAGCGUGUGCGAGCGCGCCCGGGCCGGCUGCGCGCCGCUCAUGCGGCAGUACGGCUUCCCGUGGCCGGACCGGAUGAAGUGCGACCUGCUGCCGGUGCAGGGGAACCCGGACACGCUGUGCAUGGACUACAACCGGACCGACUCCACCACCGUGUCCCCGGUGCUGUCCAAACCCACCAACCACCCCGGGAGGAGUUACAACCCGCCCAAAGCCAAGCCCGGCAGACCCGGCGUGCCCGGGAAGCACGUCCCGGCCGCCGCGCCGUGCGAGCCGGGCUGCAAGUGUCUGGAGCCCAUGGUGCCUGUGAACACCGACCGCCACCCGCUGUACAACCGGGUCAAGACCGGGCAGAUCCCCAACUGUGCCAUGCCGUGCCACAACCCCUUCUUUACGCACGACGAGCGCGCCUUCACCGCCUUCUGGAUCGGGCUCUGGUCCGUGCUGUGCUUCGUGUCCACCUUCGCCACCGUGGCCACGUUCCUCAUCGACAUGGAGCGCUUCAAGUACCCGGAGAGACCCAUCAUCUUCCUGUCCGCCUGCUACAUGUUCGUGUCGGUGGGCUACAUCGUGCGCCUGAUCGCCGGGCACGAGAAGGUGGCGUGCAGCCGCGACUUCGACACGGAGCACAUCCACUACGAGACCACCGGGCCCGCGCUCUGCACCGUGGUCUUCCUGCUCAUCUACUUCUUCGGCAUGGCCAGCUCCAUCUGGUGGGUCAUCCUGUCGCUCACCUGGUUCCUGGCGGCGGGGAUGAAGUGGGGGAACGAGGCGAUCGCGAGCUACUCGCAGUACUUCCACCUGGCCGCCUGGCUCAUCCCCAGCAUGAAGUCCAUCGCGGUGCUCGCGCUCAGCUCCGUGGACGGCGACUCGGUGGCCGGCAUCUGCUACGUGGGGAACCAGAACCUGGACAACCUGCGGGGCUUCGUGCUGGCCCCGCUGGUCAUUUACCUCUUCAUCGGCACCAUGUUCCUCCUGGCCGGGUUCGUGUCGCUGUUCCGGAUCCGCAGCGUCAUCAAGCAGGGCGGCACCAAGACGGACAAGCUGGAGAAGCUGAUGAUCCGGAUCGGCAUCUUCACGGUGCUCUACACGGUGCCGGCCACCAUCAUCGUCGCGUGCUACUUCUACGAGCAGCACAACAGGACGGGCUGGGAGGUUACGCACACCUGCGCCAACUGCCUGCUGGAGCGCGAGCGCAGCAGUCCGGACUAUGCAGUUUUCAUGCUGAAGUACUUCAUGUGCCUUCUGGUGGGCAUCACCUCCGGGGUGUGGAUCUGGUCCGGGAAGACCCUGGACUCGUGGAGGACGUUCUGCACCCGCUGCUGCUGGGGCAGCAAGGGCACGAGCGGCUCCAUGUACAGCGACGUGAGCACGGGACUGACGUGGAGGUCGGGCACGGCCAGCUCCGUGUCCUGCCCCAAGCAGAUGCCGCUGUCCCAGGUUUGAUGGGAGGGGAGGGGGGCAGGUCCAGUCCGGCUCAGACCGGGGCUCCUCUGGGCAUUACUUCUUAAAGCUUCACACAAAGAGCAUUUGGGGGGAUUUUCUAUGACCACGUUGUCAACACAGUGCCAGAAAAUGUACAAUUCAAUCACAUCAAAGAUGGUUUAAAUUAAGCCUUAAUAGAGCCCAAGUAUUUUCUACGGGUCAUUGUUUUUUUCUUUGUAAUUUCAAAUGUAUUUAUAUAAAAGUUGUGUAUAAAAACAUGUACAUUUGUGUAUAAAAGAAAAAAGUUUAUAAGAUAAGUGUAAAUUUGUACAAAGUGUAGAUGUCUCCAUUUUUGGUGAGAAAGCAAAAUAUGAACUUUAUUUUGACAAUAAAACCUUUGAUAA